AAUGCGGGCAUGAGUUUGGACUUGACCGUUUGAAUCCCUUGCUAAUUGUGAUGUGGUGAUUAGAGGAGACAAUGUUAGAGCAGAAAGCUGCUUGCUCGACACUUGUGCGCACCAUCCUAACCGCAAAGGUUUUAAUCAGUCAAAAUCACAAAACGGAAGGCGCGGUUCCAGUUCAAUGUUCCAAGUAUGUGCCCCUCAAAACUUUCCGUAGUACAAAUGACAACAAAUCAAAGAACGCGUUAUAUAGAUAGUCAUCUCCCAGGAGGAGGCACAUGUAUCCGCUUGUCUUGUGGAUUUACAUGCAUUGAAGUGGCUUUACAAGUAGAGUUGCCUGUUCUGUUCACCAAAAUGACGACGGUUCGACGCCUCCUAUCCCUCGUCAUCUGCUCCGUCGUCCUCUCGGCAGCCACAGGAGAGACCACUAACAACUGUGUAUACACCAUCUACGUGAGGACGGGUUCGGGGAUCAAGGCUGGGACCGACUCCAAGAUCAGCCUGAUACUCGGUGACCUGUCGGGGCGAUCGGUCUGGGUCCCGGAUCUAGAGUCCUGGGGCUUGAUGGAACCGUCCCAUGACUACUAUGAGCGCGGCAACCUCGAUAUCUUCAGUGUGCUUGGGCCCUGCAUUGGCCCGCCGCUGUGCUGGCUUAAUCUUACCUCGGACGGGUCGGGGGCGCACUCCGGUUGGUACUGUGAUUACGUGGAGGUCACUUCCGCCGGGCCUCGUAAGCCCUGCGGUCAUACCAACUUCCGCGUCGAUCAGUGGUUGGCCAUUGAUGUUCCGCCCUUCAAGUUGACCGCGGUGAUCAACGGGUGCGAGAAGGAUGAUGCGCAUCCAGCGCGGCGUAGCAAGGGUGGGGCUCCUGUUAUGGGGAAUCCAAGAUCGAUUGCUCGAGAAUGAUUGAGAAAAACUGUGAAUCACAAUUUUGGUUUACCUUCUUUCUCCGAUAUCGAUUUGUUUUCACUUCACUUCUC